AUGUCUGCCGAAGACAAUGGGCAAGGCAGCAGAGACCCGUUAAUCCCCCGUGGAGACAACUUCAUCCCUUUCGAAAGAUCAGACGUUCGACGAUCCCGAGUUAAGGACGCGCUGAAUCAGACGAAUGUCCUCGCCCCGAGCCAGUCUCCGACUCAAACCCCGCCUUCUGGACGCAGGGGAAUCGAGGAGUCUCCCACCACCGGCGGUAUCGCCGGUCAUGUCGUCGGCCCCAGCACGUCCACAGCGCCGUCCACGGCGCAAUCGCAGAGGGAUUCGGUUAGCGCCGGCCAACAGACUCUCACAACUCUCACAACUCCCACCACUGCCGUCUCUAAUACUAAUGCAACAACUCAAGACAACGAGCAGGCGGACUUCUUGAUCUGCGGGUCGUUUUUGAUACAACACAACUGGCAGUCUCACGUCCACAUUAACGAUCAAUACCUUAUUGUCCAUGAGGAGGCCGCUCAACAACGCCUCAUGGGACCUAUCGGCAGCCGACAUAACGCAAGGUCUAGAGCAUUGAAACCUUACCAGUCUAGAGCGACAAAAGUAGUUUUGGAAGAGCGUCCAACUUAUCGUCUUACUAUUCAGGGCUGGGAUCAUUUUGUCACCAUCAUCGGCAUGCUUGAUCAAAAUCGACCUCGACCAGAGGAUGAACACAGGAAUCACCGCAUCACAUGCAUUUCCACCCUAUGGCGUUCGCAGUAUGGAAACGAUCGUCCCGGUUUCGGGAUGCAGACGGACAUUAGUGACGCAAACAAGGCUAUUCUCAACAGGAGCAUACGAAACGCCAUGACAUUCUUACUGGAUCCCGAAGGAGAAAACUCCUCGACGUCAUUCAUCGACGACGAAAUCUACUUGACAGAUCAGAGGAACAAUCCAGCUUCGCAAACUCAACAAGUCGAACACUCUGAAGGAGCAGGGGCGAUCGACGUGCAUCCGACGGUUAUGGAGUUCAUUCACGGAUUGUCGGCGGAGGAAUGUGAUUACUACAUUGCUGUAUUAAAAUUGCUCAACAUCCAAGGCACUGGGUAG